UGUGCUGGGAGAACACUCGUUCCUCUGGCUGUAUAGACCCUGCAGGAGGCCUUGGUGCUGGUCCAAAAUGGUCUUUCUUACCAACCUGAAGGUAAUGAACAUGACACAUUUCAGCAAGCAGCUGACAAUUCUCUGGGGGCAGCAGCAGCAUCUGAUACCAGCCAGGGCAUGCAGCUUGGCCACUUGUACUUAUAAAAACAGAUACGCUUCAUUACAUCCGCUGUGGCAGAGCCCGAUCACAAUUCCGGGGGGCAGCCGGCAGUCUCCGAUCAAUAUCCAGUGGAGAGACAGCGUCUAUGACCCCCAUCUUAAACCCCUUGAAAUACGCUAUGAUCCAGCCACUUGCCUCCAUAUGUGGAACAACGGAUACUCGUUCCUGGUUGAGUUUGAGGAUACCACAGACAAAUCAAUUAUUACAGGAGGCCCCUUAGAAAAUAACUACCGGCUGAAGCAGUUCCACUUUCACUGGGGGGCCAUAAAUGCAUGGGGCUCGGAGCACACGAUUGACUGUAAGGUCUUCCCAGCAGAGCUGCAUUUGGUACACUGGAAUUCUUGCAAAUAUGAAAGUUUUGAAGAAGCUUUGAUGGAAGAAAAUGGUUUGGCUGUGAUUGGAGUCUUUUUGAAGCUUGGAGCCAAUCACAGUGGGCUUCAGAAGUUAGUAGAUGCCUUGCCAUCAAUUAAACACAAGGAUGAUCUCGUUGAGUUUGAUGAAUUUGACCCGUCCUGCUUGUUGCCAUCAUGCCCUGAUUAUUGGACGUACGCAGGAUCUCUGACCACCCCGCCGCUUUCAGAGUCCGUCACCUGGAUCAUCAAGAAGAAGGCGAUAGAGGUUGAUGAUGAUCAGCUUGAGAUGUUUCGGAUGUUGCUCUUCACCCCUGCGGGAGAAGAAGAGCAAAGGAUGGUGGACAAUUUCCGUCCACUUCAGCCAAUAAUGGAUCGUACCGUCCGUUCCUCUUUCCUAAUCCAGCACCAACGGAACAUUGAAACAAGAUCAGACGAACAGAUACACCAUGCCCAGCAGCAAACACCCCAGACGGGGCACAUGCGCCUUUAAGGAGAGGGGGGGGGGAAAUAUAUA